CACAUUCCAAGGAGUGUACGUGACAAGGCUUGGCCACUUACAAUACUCUACAGGUUUUCAAACAGACGAUUUCAGCACUUCCUGCAUUCCUACACUGAAAUGCAGGCAGGCUCGCCCCCACCUUCCUCUAGGGGAACACCCUCGCGCAGAGGCAGGUCCGCCAGAACUGCCAUGCACACCGCUUCACAUUCCGCAGACGCUUUCCCCUCUGAAUUUUCUAAUAAACAGCCGAAUUCAUUCACAUCUUGCCUAUCUAUUCCUGUAGAGGGCGCUCUUCCUAUAAAGCCUCAGGAUGAUGCGCCAUCUUCUCCACAAUCCAGAAUGUCCCAGCAAGCCACCCCGGGUUCGUCUAAACGCGCACCUCGCAAAUCAAAGACGAAUGCACUUGCUGCAUUACAAAGCCAUGCCUCUCAGCUUAGCAAUGACGAUGGAAAUACCCAGGAUGCCACCGAUGAUUUUUUUAAUGGACAUUCACCGAUUGCUAUUUCCCCUUGCUUGGACCUAUCUUCUGUCAAGACAUCUAGCCCAAGAAAUCAACCUGUGGGUUCCACACCUAGACCAUUCGGGCUGGAGGACUGUCCUGUUUUCUAUCCCACCUCAGACGAGUUUAAGGACCCUAUGACCUACAUCCGCUCGAUCUCCGAGAAAGUGGUCAAUUACGGAAUUUGCAAAGUGGUGCCUCCGGUUGGUUGGAAAAUGCCCUUUGUCACCAAUACAGAGACCUUUCGUUUCAAGACCAGGUUGCAGCGCCUCAAUUCCAUCGAGGCCACCUCUCGUGCCAAGGUCAACUUUUUGGAGCAGUUGUAUCGCUUCCACAAGCAGCAAGGCAAACCACGUGUAUCCGUGCCCACGAUCAAUCACAAGCCGCUCGAUCUUUGGCUACUCCGGAAAGAGGUGCAGAACCUUGGAGGAUAUGAAGCUGUGACCAAGAAUAAGAAAUGGGGGGAUUUGGGUGCGAUACUCGGGUACAGGGGUGUACCUGGUCUGUCCACCCAGAUUAAGAAUUCCUAUACGAGGAUAAUUCUUCCUUACGAGCAUUUCUGCGAACGAAUGCGAAAUUCGCCAGCUUUGUCUUCACCCACCGUCAAAACUGACCCACAUUUGAAAACCCACACUAACAUCCAGUCGUCUAAUUCCCACUUGUCGUCAUUAUGUUAUCCAUCUUCGCCACCCUCCAGUCCCUUAACGUCAUCAUCGAGUUCCCUAUCGGAGCCGGACGAUGGUGACUCUAAGGAGCGAAUCAGAACUCGCUCAGAGACUAACGGUGUGAAACGAAGUACGAAGAUGACUAUUCAAGAGCAAUCCACCUUGGCUGUCCCGUCUCGCGAUGGAUUCGGUCGGAUGCCCUCAACAACUGGUGCCACGCAGCCAGACGAAGACCAGAAACUUACCCAGGAGCAGUCUUGUGAGAUAUGUCAGAAGAAAAACCAUGAAGACCAAAUGUUGCUCUGUGACGGUUGUGAUUGCGGCUUCCACAUGUUCUGUCUUGAUCCUCCGCUGACCAGCAUUCCGAGGGGUCAGUGGUUCUGCCAUACGUGUGUUUUUGGUACCGGCGGUGAUUUCGGCUUUGAUGAAGGCGAAGAACACUGCCUAUCGAGUUUUCAAGCCAGAGACCUCGAAUUUCGUCGUCGUUGGUGGGCGACUCACCCGCCCGCCCAUAAGUCUCCGCCAGACCUCAACGAUCCCACAGUCACCUAUGUCGGGAAUACAGUGGUGACUGAAUAUGACACCGAGGACGAGUUCUGGCGACUUGUUCAGUCACCGAACGAAACGGUGGAAAUUGAGUACGGCGCCGACGUCCAUUCAACUACUCAUGGCAGCGCUAUGCCUACAAUGGAGACCCAUCCGCUGGAACCUGCCUCCAAGGACCCUUGGAAUUUAAACAAUAUGCCGAUCUUAUCAGACUCCCUUUUGAGGUACAUUAAGUCGGAUAUUUCUGGUAUGACUGUUCCGUGGACAUAUGUUGGGAUGAUAUUCUCCACCUUUUGCUGGCACAAUGAGGAUCAUUAUACGUACAGCGUUAACUUCCAGCAUUGGGGCGAAACAAAGACGUGGUACGGCAUUCCAGGCGAUGACGCUGAAAAAUUUGAAGCCGCGAUCAAGAGCGAGGCGCCGGAUCUUUUCGAAGCACAGCCUGAUCUCCUAUUCCAACUUGUGACUUUGAUGAACCCCAAGCACUUAACUGAAGCCGGUGUUCGUGUAUACGCAUGCAACCAACGUGCUGGUGAAUUCGUUAUCACGUUUCCCAAGGCGUAUCACGCUGGGUUCAAUCACGGCCUUAACUUCAACGAGGCUGUUAAUUUUGCAUUACCUGGCUGGCUGCCUUACGGUCGUGACUGUGUGCAGCGUUACCGCGAGCACAGGAAGUUACCGGUUUUCUCACACGAUGAGUUGCUUGUCACCAUUACGCAACAGUCUCAGUCGAUCAAGACGGCUCAAUGGUUGGAAGCCAGCUUGCGGGAAAUGACGGAGCGCGAACUCGGGUCUCGAAGAGCCGCCAGGGCAAUGGGAAUUACCGAGAGGCUUGAGGACGAGGACCGGCCCGAAGACCAGUAUCAAUGCUUGCAUUGCAAGGUGUUCUGCUUCCUCUCCCAGGUGAUAUGCCAUUGCAAGAACGAGGUUGUGUGCGUGGAGCAUGCUAAACACCUCUGCGACCACGCCAUAAAUCAACAUGUUUUGAGACUCCGGUUCUCUGAUGCGGCUCUCCAAGACAACUUGGCGAAAGUCACAGAACGCGCUGCUAUCCCUUCUGCUUGGAAAACCAAAUUCCAGAGGGUGUUAUCUGAGAGUGGUGCCCCUCAACUUCGUUCCCUUCGAGCCCUUCUUGCCGAAGGCGAACGUAUCAACUACCCUCUUCCAGAACUGGUUUCCCUGCGGAAAUGUGUAAAUAGGGCAAAUGAAUGGCUUGACGCCUCGAAUACGUUCAUCAUCCGCAAACAGAGCCGGAAGCGGUCACGUCGUUCACGUGGUCGGCCAUCUGCGAACGAGUCCACCCCUCCGGGUUUCGACGACCGCGAUCCGGGUGACAGACCAGAUCGCACCUUGGACGACCUUUAUGCGCUACUGAGAGAGGUUCAGACGUUGGGUUUUGACACCCAAGAGAUUGGUGCCCUCCGGGCGCUAGCGGAGCAAGCAGAGGAGCUAAGGAGCAAGGCCUUAGUGCUUUUGAAGGAUGACCGUGCAGCAACGGACCGUGACACUUUCUUCAAUGAAUGCGAGCGUCUACUUAUGGAAGCAUCGUCCGUCAACGUAUACCUUGAGGAGAUUUAUGAAGUGGAGAAGAUUGUAACCCGCGAGUCACUCAUCAAGGAACUAGAGGAGAAGGCUGAUGAUGCAAAUGCCACGCUAGAAGACAUACACAAUCUUUUGUCUCGCGCUCGCGCUUGCAACCUUCCUGAAGACAACACAUAUAUGAAGGCGCUCCAGGCGAGGCAGCGUGCAGGGGACGACUGGGAAGAAAGAGCGAGACAUGUCCUUGACCAGCCAUUCAAGACCAUUGAAGAGCUUGACGAAUUCUCCGAAACAGAUCCUAAUGUUCCCAUUGACGUCAGCAUCUAUGAUCGUCUCAUGUCUGCCCGGACGAAGGCCAAGGACUUCGAGAAGCAAGCCAAGGCUUGGUUGCUUCCUGACGACCAAGGCCCGAAGCCGAAGGUAUCGGAGGUCAUGAGGUUUGUCGCCCGUGCAGAGAAAGACUUCAGCAUUCCUGCCAUUAGGGACCUCAAGCAGACUGCCGAGUUUGCUCUCGACCUCGAGAAUCGGUGCGAGGCCAUCCUGAGAAACCGCUAUCAGCACCGGGACGAAGUAGACAUAUUCGAGAUGAUGACCAAGUGGCGAUCCUACGCCAGAGAGCAUCUAUCUGUGUUUUCGCUUCCCGUCUUCGAAAAGCUGGACGCACAGCUCACCUUCCACCAGAAAUGGUUAGAAAACCUUCCUUGGCAUUGCCAACAGCACGGCGUGGCGCAUGGUCAGGAUAUUCUUAACGAUGUCGUCGAUGCCACUCGGCCAGAGGACGACCUUCCGCCUAACGACGAAUACUUCACUUGCAUCUGCAAUACACCCGUCCGGCCACCUCCGCCUGGCGCGCAGUCCGAUGCGGUGCAAUGCGACCAUUGCUUUGCUAGGUUCCACGGCGAGUGUGCAGCGAACGGCGGGUCGUGUCCGUUCUGCGACCACCGCCAUUGGAACGGUGCAAUCAACAAGGGCCGUAACUGGCACUUCUGCUUCUUACCUCAGAUAUUGCUCUCUGCUCCCGAAGUUACCAAGAAUUAUUCCGAUGCUUGGAAGCAACUGGAGUUAAUUGUUCACCGAACGGAUCGCUUGUCGGCAGUGAUCGGACACUUCCUAACUUUUGCAUCACAGCCUGGGAACCAGCGGCCAGAAUACAUCCCACAAGUCCGACACUAUAUGCGAAAGCUGUACAAGAUUCAGUUCGCUGUAUCCCCGUCACGAGAGGUUUCCUUCGGUCUUGAUCUGGCUGGCCUACACCGCAUUCUUGCCGGCCAACCUGCACCUGUGCGGGUCAGGAAGAGGCGUCGGGCGAAAUUUGUCUUCGGUCAAGACAUCGACAAGGACUGGCUUGAUGGCACUCGUUGCAUCUGCCGGGGUCGCACGCCGUUUUUACUCGGCCACCGUACCGUGGAGUGUCAGAUGUGUAAUCGACUGUAUCAUGCUGGAUGCGUGUUUUUCCCGAUCGAUGGUUCCAUGGGACAGAAGCUGCAUCGCUUCGAGUGUCCACUGUGUUGUAUCCGCAAGAAUCGACCCUAUGCGUUUUCGGAAGUACGGGUCAAGCACUUCGAUAACCAAGAUGAAGAUACCUAUGUCAAUACAGGUGCCAUGCAGGAGACCUCCAGCAAAGACAUCAUCUACAUGACUCUCCCACGCCCGUACACUCAAACCCUUAUUGUCGAAUUAAUCCGGUAUACUUCGGGCUCAUCGGAAGUUAUAAAUUGUGCUCCUCCGCAACACAGUGUUUCUGCCCCACCCCUCCCUCGACCUCCUGAAUCAGGUCCGUCAGCAAGCCACCGUCAUUCUCACACUCCACUGCCGCUUCCUACCCCUCCUACCCCGGUAUACGAGCUCGCACGACAACCAUCGACCAAUGGCCAUCAUGUCCCGCCUCCACCUCCAUGGUGUACGCAAUGGCAUAACAUCACCUCAAACCCCACUCCCACCCGCCGUUCCGAAGUUCCUGAGUACCCGCUGCCACCUCCCCCACUUUCCUUGUCACCGCACUCUGGCAAGAAACGUAAGUUUGCGGACGAGUCGCCACCACCUGAAGUGCGGGGGUCUCGGUCGCCCAAACAAGCCAGGCGUUUGCCACAGACACCAGUUCUUCCACCAGCCUCAGUCCCUGCCCGUGCGAUGCAGCAAACGUUGUCCCCUUCACUCGCCAUGAUUGUGUCACCAGUGGACACAGAGCCCUCCCCACGUCCAGCCUCCUCUGUCCCAUUCGCCACUGGUCCCUCUUCGUCCUCGCAGAGACCAAGCAAUACCCCACCUGCGAAACCCAUGAAGCUUGUCAUCCCCAAGAACAAAUAGACUCAUUUUUUGUGUUUGUCUUGACUUGUAUGCGUCCUCCGUGUGUUCUGCUUUCUUGCAAUUACGUUAGCGUGUAUUAAAUAAAUCUUCGGGAUGACUGUUUGGCAUAUAUAGGUCUAGUUUCGUUUUGGAACUGGAAUGGCUAUGCUACAAUGCACCGACG